CUGAAUGAACCAAUGACUCUAAACAACAAGUUGAUUGACAUCAUCAUUGACCAAUCGGAUAGCUCUAAAUUGACGUCAAAUCUUCUUUGUCGUUCUCCGCAGACGCCAUCUUAGCCAGCGGGUAACAGUAGGUGGUUGCAGGUUAGGGAGGCAUACGUUCUUAUUAAAUACAUUUUCCAGAACGGAAAUAUAGAUUUUGUGUGCAGAUAUUAAAAAACAGAGAAGCUCCUGACGCCCAGAAAUGGCAACGGGAGCCAACGCAACCCCGCUGGGGAAGCUGCACCCGAGUAUCGGCGCUAAGCGAGGCUUUGAGUCCGGCCCCGGCGCGGGGUUAAUGGCACCGCCCGUGCCUGCGGUUUCUUUCCCGCUGCAGAACUUCCAACAACCGCAAUUAACAGCCCCAGGGUUUCCCCAGUUCACCGGAGCUGUGAGUUCUGCGCUCUCAAACCCAGUCGGAGUAGUAAUGCCGGCUCAGUCGGGGAGUGGAGAUUUUUGCCAGAAGAAGCAGAGGAAAAGGAGUCGUUGGAGCAGUGAGACGCCGGAUCAGAAGACCGUCAUCCCGGGCAUGCCCACCGUGAUCCCUCCCGGGCUGACUCGGGACCAGGAACGAGCUUAUAUAGUCCAACUGCAGAUUGAAGACCUGACACGUAAACUGCGUACAGGAGACCUGGGAAUCCCUGUUAACCCUGAGGACAGAUCUCCAUCUCCUGAGCCCAUCUACAACAGUGAGGGCAAGAGGCUUAACACGCGUGAAUAUCGUACACGCAAGAAACUGGAGGAAGAGAGGCAUUCUCUCAUCACAGAGAUGGUGGGGCUGAACCCUGAAUUCAAACCCCCUGCUGACUACAAACCACCAGCUACUCGGGUUAGUGAUAAGGUGAUGAUUCCUCAGGAUGAAUAUCCAGAGAUCAACUUUGUUGGGCUUUUGAUUGGGCCACGUGGAAACACUCUGAAGAACAUUGAGAAGGAGUGCUGUGCUAAAAUCAUGAUUCGUGGUAAAGGUUCAGUGAAGGAAGGGAAGGUGGGCCGUAAGGAUGGACAGAUGCUUCCAGGAGAAGAUGAACCUCUUCACGCACUGGUCACUGCUAACACCAUGGAAAAUGUGAAGAAAGCCGUAGAGCAGAUCCGUAAUAUCCUCAAGCAGGGCAUUGAGACCCCUGAGGACCAGAACGAUCUAAGAAAGAUGCAACUGAGGGAGCUGGCACGACUCAAUGGCACUCUUAGAGAGGAUGAUAACAGGAUCUUGCGCCCAUGGCAGAGCACAGAGCCUCGCAGCAUCACAAACACAACUGUCUGUACAAAGUGUGGAGGAGCAGGUCACAUCUCAUCUGACUGCAAGUUUACCAGUUCCUUUGCUCCCCGGCCAGGCGAACCACCCCAGUCUGCUCAGGAUAAGGCCCGUAUGGAUAAAGAGUACUUGUCUCUCAUGGCAGAAUUAGGAGAGGCUCCAGUCCCUUCUUCCGGUGGUGGCCACAAUCCUCCCAAUAGUGGACCUCGUUCAUCAGGACCCAACAACAACCAACAACCACCAAAUCGUCCUCCUUGGAUGAAUUCAGGCCCUGCUGAUAACAGGAAUUUCCACAGCAUGCACCAGGGUCCUAGUGGCCCUCAUAACUUCCCUCCACCAAUGCCAAACAUGGGUGUUCCUCCUAUGCCACCAAACCCCAAUGGAAUGCCACCACCCUGGAUGCAGCCGCCCCCUCCACCAAUGGGCCAAGGCCCAGCACCACCCGGACACCACAUGAGUUUAUUGCCGCCACCCAUGAGUAUGAUGCCCCCACCUCCACCUCCCCCCAACAACCAACCACCACCUCCACCCUCAGGACCUCUGCCACCAUGGCAACAGCAGGCCCCUCCCCCACCACCCACCAGCAUGGCAACCAGUGCUCCACUGCCAUGGCAACAGAAUACAACCACCACAUCCACUUCUGCCACUGGAAACCUGCCACCCUGGCAACAGCCUCAGCAGACAGCCACCUCAGCUGCUCAGCCCCCUCCGCCCAUGGGUACCCCUUCUAUGGUGCCGCCUCCACCUGGGGUCCAGCCCCCACUUCCUCCUGGUGCCCCCCCACCGCCUCCACCCCCUCCACCUGGCUCAGCAGGCAUGAUGUAUGCACCUCCUCCCCCACCUCCACCCAUGGACCCUAACUUUGUGACCAUGAUGGGGAUUCCCGGUAUGCCACCGUACGGGAUGCCUCCUGCACCUCCACCCCCUCCGCCCCAGAGUUAAAGGCUCAAUUUAGUUUCUGUGACCAUGCAGUGAUGCCUAAAAUAUAUACAAAGAUACAUCACAGGACUAUACCCUGUUCUGUUCAUUUAACAGCUUGAUGUGAUUAGUUGCUAAAGGUUUAUUUUUUUUCUUUCUAUUGAUUGGUCUCGGUUCAAACUUCAAAAUCGAGCUAGAGAGAGUGUAAGAGAGUGUAAGUGAUUUAUUUGUAAAUUCGCUUCAAUUGUUAAUGAUUUUUAACUGUAGUAUUUGAACUGUUAGGAUAAUAUUUGUUCAAAAAUGAUGUUGUGCAGGGAAUGUGUGUUUUGUUUUUGUUUCUGCCAGCCUGCUAUUUCAUGUUUCAUUUCAAACCGUCUCCAGGAAGUAAAAAUGACAUCUGCUUACGAUUCAGUUAGCAACAUUCCAACAGGUGUAACUAGUGUAUUACACUCUUAACCAACUGUGCAUUUGUUGCUGCAUAGUAUAAAAAGACAUUUAUGUCUUCAAGAUGUUGUAGAUGAUUGGCUUACUCUAUUAGGUGGUCAGUAUAGCCUAAUUUGUGCUCACCUUGUACCCCCACCCCUCCCCACAAUUGUUUUUAUUUAAAAUAACUUUUCAUUAAUGCCUUCCACCAAAUGUAUUUCAAUAUUUUUGUAAUGAAGCAUUCAACUAAAUAAAAGUUGGCAUGGUGUUGAA